AAGCGUGCUUGAUCACACAGGCGUGUAUUUCAUGACAGACUUCAGGGAGCAGAAAUCCUUCCCUUUACAACACAGGGCAAGGAGGGGAGCAACGCCUCCCUGACUGAAAGCUACCUCUGAACAAACUGAGGGAUUAUAUAUUAUACAUAUAAAUAUAAAAUCAACUCCCGGGGAGGCGCCCCAGCAGCCGGGAUCGGCGGUCGGGGCCUGGCGCUGCCCCACCGCCACGCCCCGGCGCAAAAUGGCGGCGCGGCUGCUCCGCUUGCGUGGGCUCUUGCGGGCUGCCGGUCCCCGGCCCUUCUCUACCCAGGCCAGCCCUGCACAUGCUGAACAGCAUGGCACAAAGCGCCAAGAACCUUCUUCGGCUAAAAGUUUAACCGAUAUAGGAACUCGGAGGAUCUUCACAUCCGAUCAUGAUAUCUUCAGGGAGAGUGCCAGGAAAUUCUUUCAGGAAGAAGUGCUGCCUUUUCAUGCAGAAUGGGAGAAGGAUGGCCAGGUGAGCAGGGAGCUCUGGGAAAAAGCUGGACAGCAGGGCUUGCUGGGUGUUGCUAUUGCUGAAAAGCAUGGAGGCAUUGGAGCGGAUAUUCUCUCUUCUGCCGUGGUCUGGGAGGAGCAGAUGUAUGUUAACUGUACUGGCCCAGGCUUCAGCCUUCAUUCAGAUAUAGUCAUGCCUUACAUUGCAAACUAUGGCUCUGAAGAACAGAUUAAACGCUUUAUCCCUGAAAUGGCUGCAGGCAAGUGUAUUGGUGCCAUUGCCAUGACAGAACCUGGGGCUGGCAGUGAUUUGCAAGGAGUACGAACAUAUGCAAAAAAAGAUGGAAGUGACUGGAUUCUUAACGGGAGUAAGGUAUUCAUCACCAAUGGUUGGAUGAGUGAUGUAGUGAUUGUGGUUGCAGUUACAAACCGAGAAGCCCGAUCUCCUGCCCAUGGAAUCAGCCUUUUUCUGGUGGAAAAUGGAACAAAAGGUUUCAUCAAAGGACGCAAGCUGAACAAGAUUGGCCUGAAAGCUCAAGACACAGCAGAGCUGUUUUUCGAAGAUGUGCGGUUGCCAGCAAGUGCCUUGCUUGGAAAAGAAAACAAAGGCUUCUAUUAUUUGAUGGCAGAGCUCCCUCAGGAGAGACUGUUAAUUGCUGAUAUGGCUCUUGCUGGUUGUGAGUUCAUGUUUGAAGAAACAAGGAAUUACGUGAAGCAAAGAAAAGCCUUUGGGAAGACGAUUGCACACUUGCAGACUGUACAGCACAAGUUGGCAGAAAUGAAAACGCAGAUUUGUGUGGGACGAGCCUUUUUGGACAACUGUUUGCAGCUGCAUGCAGAUAAACGCCUGGACUCCUCCACAGCUUCUAUGGCUAAGUAUUGGUCGUCUGAUCUCCAGAACAGCGUAGCUACUCAGUGUGUGCAACUGCACGGAGGCUGGGGGUACAUGUGGGAGUAUCCAAUUGCAAAAGCUUUUGUGGACGCCCGUGUUCAACCGAUCUACGGCGGCACCAAUGAAAUAAUGAAAGAGCUGAUUGCUAGAGACAUUGUCAGUGACAAGUAGGGCGGAUGCUUGCUCCUCUGAGAACCUCCCCCACCCCUUUUAUAGUAAUAUAUGGCAUAAAAUCAGACACCAGAAUGUAAGUAAAAGAGAUUUAUGUAGCACACCGAGCUCCUUCAAGGAGGCGAAACCUAGUGAAGUGAGGUGGUAGCAGCAGGAAGGUGCAGGAGGUGAAGGAGUUGAGUUUAAAGGAGGCAUGUUGGGGUAGGAGUGGUGGGGAGGAGGACUGGCCGCAGUCCUUGCUCAGGACAAGAAGCCCCCCGUUCAAUGGAAGCCGUCUGCUGGCGCCGCCCUGGCUCUGCUGCACUGCCCCGUGUUUACAGCCGCCCCGUGCCUUACCCCCGUUCCCCUCGGGCUCAUUGAAAUAAAGCAUUUCUAUGCACA